GCACGUGGAGGGUGUCAUGCUUUGGGGAUUUGACCUGACGAAGAGCGUCGCUCUUCGUGCCAAUCAGGCAAUCACUUAGACCCCAAGCAACUUCACUUUGCGUUUUUUUUUAUGUACUAAUAAUAAACUCAUCUCAAAGACCGACCAAAUACGAACAACUAUAUAAAAAGAACCUCAACAGAUCUAUACAUUUAUUACGUCUAAUCAUGUAAAUCACAUUUCACAUGGAUCCACAGUCAUUUUAAGAAUGUAUCACAGCUUUGAUCUCCAAAUUCUAAGAGUAGAUGUAAGAUAAUCAUAAAACGAUUUAGCAUCUUCUACUGAACGUCUUCUUCGAUUCUACUCAUUUCAUCGGAAGAUCAUCAAAAUCAUAGAUCAUUCAUUUUUUUCCUUAAAGGCUGCCAAAAACAGAGUAAAACUCAAAAUGAGAAAUCGACGUAAACAGAGCACCACCUCCUCCAUCAUCUUCCUCUGCAUCACCAUCUCCUCCUUGUCUUUCUUCUCUAUCGCCGUCUCCGCCUUGGGAGUAAACUGGGGAACAAUGGCCACCCACCAGCUACCUCCAAAGACGGUCGUACAGAUGCUGAAAGACAACAACGUACAAAAAGUAAAGCUUUUCGACGCCGACACAAACACCAUGGUAGCUCUUGCCGGCUCAGGCAUCGAAGUAAUGGUUGCAAUCCCUAACGACCAGCUCAAAGCCAUGGGAAGCUACAGCAGAGCUAAAGACUGGGUCAGAAGAAACAUCACCCGUUUCAACGAUGACGUCAAAAUCAAAUACGUAGCCGUAGGGAACGAACCUUUCUUAACAUCAUACAACGGAUCAUUUAUAAACCUAACGUAUCCAGCACUCUUCAACAUCCAAAAAGCACUAAACGAAGCCGGAGUCGGAGACUUCAUCAAAGCCACCGUACCUUCGAACGCCGACGUCUACAGCUCUCCCCCGGACAACCCCGUCCCGUCCGCCGGGAGGUUCCGUCAAGACAUCUACGAAGAGAUGAGGCUCAUCGUCAACUUCUUAGCCCACAACAAAGCUCCCUUCACCGUCAACAUCUACCCUUUCCUCAGUCUCUACCUAAGCAGCGACUUCCCUUUCGACUACGCCUUCUUCAACGGCCAAAACACCGUGGACGAUAACGGCGUCGUCUACACUAACGUCUUCGACGCCAACUUCGACACGCUCUUGGCUUCGCUAAGAGAGUUAGGACACGGAGGAAUGACCGUUAUAGUCGGUGAAGUCGGCUGGCCGACGGACGGCGACAAGAACGCUAACAUCCAAAACGCGGAACGCUUCUACGCGGGCCUUCUUCCGAAGCUAGCGGCGAACAGAGGAACACCUAUGCGUCCUAGCUACAUCGAAGUGUAUCUCUUCGGUUUCAUCGACGAGGACGCAAAGAGCAUAGCUCCCGGGAACUUCGAACGUCACUGGGGGAUAUUCAAAUACGACGGCCAGCCUAAGUUUCCGGCUGAUCUGUCGGGGAAAGGUCAGAAGAAGGUCCUGACGGGAGCUCAGAACGUUCAGUACUUGCAGAACCAGUGGUGUAUGUUGAAUCCUAAUGCGAUCAGUUUUAGUAACAGUACUAACCAGCUUGGGGAUAACGUGAACUACGCGUGUACUUUCUCUGACUGUACUGCUUUGGGGUAUGGUUCAUCUUGUGGGAAUCUUGAUGAGGUUGGGAACGCGUCGUAUGCGUUCAAUAUGUAUUUUCAGGUGCAGAAUCAGAAAGCAGAGGCGUGUGACUUUGAAGGGCUUGCGAUGAUCACUACUAGGAAUAUCUCUCGUGAUCAAUGUAACUUCCCUUUACAGAUUGGUGAUCCAACAUCAGGGCAUUGUGAUCAUAGGUAUAUGUAUGGUUCUAGUGUCCGGUUCGGUUUAGUUAGUAUGCUAUUGCUCUUUAUGGCACUAUGA